AUGAGUGAUGAAGAAGUGGAAAUGGUACUGAGUCGAAAGUCUCGAUUCAGUCGCUAUCGUACACAAGUUCGAAAGAAAAUCAAUCUCGAUAUAAAUGAAGCAAUGCAAAUCGAUGAUAGCAACAUUACAUCAAUGAAUGAUAUAUCUGAUUCCGAAGAACCAAAUACUGUAUUCAUUGAUAAAAUACCAAUAGUAACGCACGAUUUUUCUGAUGAUGGUACAGAUUCUAUUGAUACGAAUGACGAUGCGGAAGAAAUAUAUGAAGCUCAGUGCAACGUAUUCGAUAAUGAUUUUGAAACUCAACAACCACCAAAUGCUACUGAACUUUCAGUAAUGUUACUUUUUGUUUGGAGAAAGCAUUCUAUGAGUAAAGCUGUCGUGAAUGAUAUUUGUCGAAUUUUGAAUGCUUUCAAUGUUCCAAACAUGCCUAAAGAUUUUCGCGGGGUGAUGUCACACAUUAAAAAAAAUAAUCCUACAUUACUUCACGGUAAUCAAUCGUUUAUUUGUCCAUCGUGUUUCAAUAGAAGUUUAAAUGCUUCAAAAUGUAAUGUCAAGGGAUGUCAAUCUGCUUCAUCCUAUGUUCGUACUCCAACAUCAGUAUCUACUUUUCCUAUUUUACCUCAAAUUAUUGCAAUUCUUGAACGUGAAAAUCUUGCAUCAUUAACAUAUGAAUCUGAUCAAUGUCGUGACGUAAUGAACUCUCAACGUCAUUAUGAAAUCGUAAUGAAGGAAAAACAAACACAUCCAGGAAGAAAUAUAGUGACUCUUACACUUAAUUCUGAUGGUACGUUAAUUAAACGAUUAUCUCGUUCUUUAUGGAUCACAUGUGCUUGCAUAAAUGAAUUACCUCGACGCAAAAGGUUUGAAAUUAAUAAUAUAUUAAUAUGUUCUAUAUCAACAGGUGCUGAAAAACCAAAAAGAAAAGAAUACUCAACAAUAUUAAUUGAUAUCGUAAACGAGUUAAAAUUUCUUGAACACGUAGGUUUCGACAUUGUAUUGCCAUCUGAUAAAAAAGGCACUGCACAAAAUUAUACACAUUUUCAUGCCUUUACUAUAUCUGCUGUCUGUGAUAAACCAGCACAGUCUCUACUUAUGAACAUAAAAGAUUCAACUGGUUUUUUUAGCUGUGGGUGGUGCUGCAUCACAGGUAAAACUAGUUCUUCAGGUGCACGAUGUUUCAUUUCAAAUGAAAAAAUUCCGAUAAAGAUUCGUAACAAUGCAACCUAUGAUGCAUUUAUGCAGCUUUUAGCUAGGAAUUAUGUGCCAAAACAUCCUAUGAAAGAUAAAGCAUGUGGACAGUUAGGUUAUUGUGCGUUACGUGAACUAACUUAUUUUGAAAUCGGAGAAAGUUUCUGCUUCGAUUCUCUUCAUGGGUUAUAUGCUGGAACAUUUGCAGCCAAUUGUGUUUCUAUUGUACACUCUCAAGUACACGUUCAUCAAACAUUACGUAAAUUUGGACCUCUUCAUAACUAUAGCACCUUCAAUUUCGAAAGUACAGUUGGAUCAAUCGUAAAGUCUAUAUAUGGUCCGUCGGUGAUUAUACCUGAGCUUAUUAAUAAUUUUGAGUUGGUAUCUCAUGCUACUGAUAUUCUUAAAAAUCCGUCCUUUCAUCCAAAAAUUGCUUUACUCAUACAUCAAAUGCUUUUUUCGAAGAGACGAGCUGUACCAACAUGCAUCAGUCCAAAUAUUGAAAUUCAUCUGGCUCAUCCAACAACUGUUAAAUUUCUACAUGUAGCCACAUAUCUCGAGACUACAUACGGCAAGAAACAAUUCACCCAUUAUUCACUAUGCUUUGUUAAAGGUGUAACUUUCAAGGUUCAUUGUCCAACAAAUAAACAAGUGGAUGAUUCGGCUUUGGUUUAUGUUGAUGAGUCAGACAAUAUUCAUCUUGGUGUAAUUGCAGGAAUUGUCAAACUCAAAGAUACUGGCAAUAUCUUAUUCAUUGUCGAUGAAGCAAAAAUUAUUGGUUAUGAUUCCUUUCUACUUAAUGGAACGGAAUACAUAAAUGAUUUCUUUAUUUUUGCAACAUUAAAAACUCCACGAACCACUGUUUCGAUUCACUAUGAUUCAAUCAGAGAAAAAGUUGCAUAUCGAUCAGAUGAAAAUCUCAAUUCUGUUUGGGAGUUCCAUCUAUUUCCAAAUCGUCAAGAAUCCACAUAA